AUGGUGGGCAUCUUCUCCGUCCUGAACACCAUCCAGUUCUUCAUCUUUGAGCUGAACCAGACGACGCACAUCGGCUUCGAAGAUAAAUACAGCAUCUACCUGGACACAGAAUCCGAGGUGGCGUCCUGGGUCGUGGUCUACAGGCAUAAUAUCAGCACAGGACUGUCCAUCGCCACCAUCACCGUCAGCUGCUUCUUCCUCUUCUGCCUCGACAAGAACAUGUUUAUCGGACUGCUCAUCUACACCAUCUGGAUCACCAUCUACGAACUGCUCAGCUUCACCAUGGUUCUGCUCAUCCAUGGCACCAUCAAGGAGCAGUUCAAGGACCUGAGUCAACUGUACUUGCUCUUGCAAAUCUCCCGCAUGUUCCUGCACUUCGCCUCCCUGCCCUUCGUGGUCAAGCACGGCUACACGCUCUACAAGGACCCUAAGGUCAUAAGCUUAGCCGGCCGCCGCAGGCGCUCCUCCAUCAGCACCGUAGACUCAUGGCCCCCUGUCGGGCUGGGGUCGUUGUACCGCAAAACAAACUGA